AUGCCUAGCGUUGUCGAAGUUACUGAGCCUGCCCCUUUCGGCGCAAAGCUGAAGCAGAAGCUCGCACAAACACAGGAGAAGGCCUCCAGAGACUUCCGAUCUGAUGUCGUCACUGUGCCAACCGAGGAUAUGAUGAGUGCUAUCGUGGAUGCCUCUGUUAGCGAUGAUAUCUACGAUGAGGACGGUGACCGCUGUGUCAAGGCCCUUGAACAGAGACUUAUCGAGUUGACUGGCAUGGAGGCCGCGCUCUGGACAGUUUCUGGCACCCAGGGGAAUCAGAUUUGUCUGCGUACACACCUGACCCAGCCUCCCCACAGUGUUCUCCUUGAUCACCGUGCCCAUGUUCAUUGCUGGGAAUCCGGUGCCCUGCCCGUCAUUUCUCAGGCCUCUACCACAACUAUCAAGCCUAAGAACGGGGUCCAUCUGACACUUGAAGACAUCAAGCCGGCCAUCAUUGCCGACGGCAAUAUUCACUUCCCCCCUACGCGCGUUGUUUCACUCGAAAAUACCCUUUUCGGAACCAUUCUCCCCCUUGCCCAUGCUCAAGAGAUCUCACAGUAUGUGAGGUCGCUACCCCAGCCUGAGGGUCAAAAGCCCAUCGCCAUGCAUCUCGACGCUGCUCGGUUAUUUGACGGCGUGAUUGGUGAAGGAGUGGACCUCAAAGCUUAUGCCGCCUGUUUUGACAGCAUGUCCAUUUGCCUUGCCAAGGGUAUUGGAGCACCCAUCGGAAGUGUCAUUCUUGGAAAGAAGGUUUUCAUUGAACGAGCCAAGUGGUUCCGCAAAAUGCUAGGCGGCGGAACCCGGCAGCCUGGCAUGAUGGCUGCAGCAGCCCUCUCUGCACUGGAGUAUACGCUCCCUCGCUUCCCUGCCGUUCACAAGACGACCAAGGACGCUGCGAAGCAGCUGGAAGCUGUGGGCUACAAGUUCACGCUGCCUGUCCAGACGAACAUGAUUAUUCUGGAUCUCGAAGAGGCUGAUAUUCCCCCGGCUGCGUUUGUCGAGUAUUGUGCACGGGAGAAGGUGGCAGUCUUCCCAAUGGCUCGACUUGUAUUCCACCAUCAGACAUCAGAAGCCGGUGUUAAGAAUCUCAUUACUGCUUUGACUAAGCUCAUGGAGGAUAAGAAGAACGGUGUUUCUCUUGAGGAUAAGAAGGUCAGCGGAGGGUAUAGCUAG